AUGGCACCUCUUGGGCGAUGUUUUCCCAUCCGCGUCAUAUCAUCGUCGUCUCGUCGAUCCUUGCACAUCACCCGCAGAUAUGCCGAGAAACAACCACCUCUGCCACCUCAAGCAGUGCAAAGUCUACUCAAAAGUGCUCUGAGUCGAGCCAAGCGAACCGUUUCCGAAACCAAGAAUGAGGUGUCAACUCCAGCAUCGUCACCAGAAGAAGGAAAAGAGAAUAGUGUCUCGUCGGAGGAGUUGCUGGCUGGUUUGAUACGGUCUAUGGAUGCCACAGCCACUACUACUGAGACCAACACGUCUACGAAUAUUACUAUUGGUACCAAUUCAGAUGAUACACAAACCAAUAAUAUUGCAAAUGAUCUCUUGGGUUUCGUUACCAGUCGAUCCAGGCAAACCAUUUUGGAAAAACAAGGCUUCUCAGAGGAAGAAACCGAAAGCAUCUCUGCAGAUGCUUUGGACGCAUUGCUCUCCUUACCGACUGCAGCAGAAACAAAUAAUGCCAACUCUACAGACACCCAACGUAGCACCAAACAAGAAGUAGCCAAUGAACUUUUGGGUUCCAUUACCAAUCGAGCAAAACGAACCUUUUCCACCACAUCCAACCGCCAGAAGAAUCCAGACAAGACAAAACAAGAAUCCUCCACCAAUGCUCAAACUACAACCACAGUAGCACCACCACAAGAACCACAAUUCACACCGACCGAUUUACGCUACAAUCAAAAUCCGGCCAUUAGUUUGACCGCAUUGGCACAUUGGUUAUGGUCGUCCGUAUUACGACCGCACGACGAUUUGGCCAUUGAUGCCACGUGUGGCAAUGGAUACGAUGCCGUAGGAAUGGCAUCUAUCCUGUUUGCCAAUGAAGACUUGUAUUUGAAUCGCGACGCCAAACUCAUUUGUAUGGAUGUUCAAGAACAAGCGUGUCACGCCACGCACGAUGCCUUGUCCAAGAUACUCUCAUCAUCGACCAUGUCUCGACGAGUCCAGAUACUCCAACAAUCGCAUGCACCAUUAUUGCCCAAUACGGACGACGAAACUAGGGAACCCGGUCUGGUAGUGUACAAUUUGGGCUAUCUCCCUAACAGCGACGACAAGGCGGCUUGCACAAAAGUCGAAUCGACGAUAUCCUCCAUUGUCGAUGCCCUGCUGUCCAUUCGAACGGGAGGAAUGGUCAGUAUCAUGACCUAUCCAGGCAGCAAUCUACAAGAAGAUUUGGCCGUACGAACCUUGUUGGAAGCAGCCGUGGCCAUGACCAAUACACAAGGGCCGUCGUGGGAGGAAGCUAUAGUAGAGUGUAGCGACGAAUUGGAAGCCUUGCUGACGACGCAACUGCAACGCAUGGAGAAAGGACCCGCACGGACGUUUCGCGUCGCCGAGCAUAAAAAGAUUGGACUGCCCAAGGCACCCAUCCUCAUGACUGCCACACGAAUCAAAUAG